AUCGCGAACAGAACGGAUGCAACAAUGUCAUUUGUCAAAAUGGCGGCCGAUGUGUUGUCUCCGGUUACUCGGCCUCGUGCCAGUGUCCGAACGGGUUUUCAGGAUCAAGAUGUGAACAAAGAGCUAUAACUCGGGAUCCGUGCGCUAGUUUCGUCUGUCAAAACGGAGGUCGGUGCACUGCUCCUGCCGAUGCACCAUACUGUGAGUGUCCCAGGGGUUACACUGGACGUAACUGUGAGACAAUCCAAGAUCCCUGCCAAAACAUGAGAUGUUUGAACGGAGCUAGAUGUCUGACCCAGGGGACACAAGCUUUCUGUCAGUGUACACGGGGAUACACCGGGCAGUAUUGUGACACAAGGGAAGACCCCUGUCGUGACUUUGGGUGUCUUAACGGAGGUCGCUGUGUAAUCCAGGGAGGGCAACCAUCUUGUGAAUGUCCCCGAGAUUACAGAGGUCCAAGAUGUGGCAUCAGAGACGACCCCUGCUUAAGUUUCAGAUGUGAAAAUGGAGGUCGGUGUGUAACUCGUGGUGACGAACCCGUGUGUCAAUGUCGCGAAGGAUAUCGAGGGCCCAGGUGUGGUGUCCGGGAUCGGGAUGUUGUUCAAAAUCCCUGUCAAAGCUUGAGCUGCCAAAAUGGAGGACGAUGUGUCUCUCAAGGCACCUCUGCCUACUGUCAAUGCCCAAGAGGAUACACUGGCUCAAGCUGUGAAAGCAGGGGUGCUCUGACUGUUCGACCACCUACUCAAUGUCAAGGCUACGGUUGUAACAACUCCAAUGACCGUUGUGGCGGAUGUCCGGCUGGCUGGACAUGUCAGUACAUUAGCACAGGAUGUCCCACUCUCAACUGCUCCACAACUCCCACAUAUCGAUGUGUUUCUCAGAAGAAAAAGUAA